AAAAUGGCUUCACAACAGCCUUUCACUGCAGAUGACUCUGGUAUCUACUAUGUCCUCACGGAGUGCACAGAUCACUAUGACCCCUUUCCAGUUAAUGAGGCUGUUGAGAACCAGCCCCAUAUCCAGGACGUGACUGGUCUGCGGAACCUGGGCAACACAUGCUACAUGAAUGCCAUCUUACAGUGUCUCUGCAGCAUCUCACCGCUGGUGGAAUACUUUCUCUCUGGAAAGUACAUUACCGCUCUUCAAAAGGAUUGCAGUGAGGUUGCCACUGCUUUUGCCUAUGUGAUGACAGACAUGUGGCUUGGAGACUCUGACUGUGUCUCACCAGAAAUAUUUUGGUCAGCUUUUGGCAAACUCUACCCAGCAUUUAUGAAAAAGAUGCAGCAAGAUGCUCAGGAAUUUUUGAUUUAUGUCCUGAAUGAACUUCAUGAAACUCUGAAAAAGUACCACCGAAGAAGAUCAUAUGAAAAAAGAUCUAUUCCGAGAUUCUGUAGGAAGAUGAUUGCCAACGAGUCCUCCAUCAUCACCCGGCUGUUUGAAGGGCAGCUCAAUUAUAACAUCAUAUGUUUAAAGUGUGAGAACUGUACCUACAGGAACGAAGUCUUCACCGUCCUCUCCCUCCCCAUUCCAUCCAAAUAUGAGUGCUCUCUUCAGGACUGUCUCCAGUGUUUUUUUCAACAAGACACACUGACCUGGGACAACCAAAUUUACUGUUCCUUUUGCGAAACCAAGAAAGAAACAACUGUGAAGGCCAGUAUAUCUAAAGCACCAAAAAUAAUUGUCUUUCACUUAAAAAGGUUUGACAUUCUGGGUACAAUGAAAAGGAAACUGAGGACAGAUAUUCAUUACCCGCUCACUAACUUGGACCUUACUCCUUACAUUUGUCCAGUUUUUCGGAAACAUCCUAAAUAUAACCUCUGUGCACUGGUGAACCACUCUGGCGAUCUGGAUGGUGGCCACUACACUGCUUUCUGCAAAAACUCAGUGACUCACGCCUGGUAUAACUUUGAUGACACACGAGUCAGUGAGAUUCCAGAUACUUCAGUUCAAACUGCUACAGCAUAUCUCCUGUUCUAUAGCUGCCAGCCCUUUUCUAUACCUAUACAAAAACGCAAGAGCUAG